AUGGCCCCUAAAGAGGGCAAGUGGAGCCCCGCCGACUAUAUCAACGGCCUUGCCGAGCGCUUCGCCCAAUGGGGGUGGAAAGACCUCUUAGUCUUGCUCGUCAUCAUCAUAUAUGCUGCGGCUCUCCACCGCACCCUCCAAAGCGUAAUCCAGUACGCGUUGAGAAUCGGAACAACAUCCACAAUCACGACCACAGCACCCUCCUCUAGACUUACAAUCUUCAACAAGAAUCGGAUGCAUGUACCAUUGAGGAUAAGAUCGCCACAACUCAAAUGCCCGUUAUAA